ACUACAUUAAUUAUGUACACAUACAUUUAUAUUUGCACUUUUCGCGCGAGGCCUCAUGGGAAAAAUAAUUAUGUGUAUAAUGUGAAGAUGGCGUCAUCUGAUGAUGCGAGUGUGAAGGUUUAUGCCAGGCAAGAUCUCGGCCAGGGACAUCGCUAUGGACCAUUCAAGGCCAAGCUGUCGGACAUUGGACCUGAUGAAGAAGUGGAGAUGGGCCAGUGGAAGAUUUUUGCCAACGAUGGAAAGAAGUGCCACCAGUUGGAAAGCAAUGAUUUCUCCAUCCCAGGCUGGCUGAGAUUCGUUAAGACUACAACAGACAAAGAUGAACAAACCCUUACCCUCAUCCAGCAGGGGAAGGUCUACUUCUUUGAGGUAACCAUAGAUGUCAAGAAGGGGAUGGAGCAUGGCCUGUUGGGGAUCAAGGAUGAGGAGCCCCCUCCCCCACCCCCUCCUGACCCAAACAAGAAAAAGAGAGGACGUCCUCGCAAGAUCAAACUCUCUCCGGAAGAGCAGGCAGAGGUCGAUGCAGAAAACAGAAGAAAGCUUGAAGAAGCCAGGGCUAAGAAAGCCCAAAUUCUUCUAGAACAAGCAGCUGACGGUAGCAGCAGCCUCACUCCAGGACGCAGCAGAAAGUGUGUUGUCUGUGGGCAGAGGUUUGUUAAUUCGGUCAUCUUCAUGAAGCACAGGAGGGCAUGUGGAGUCAUCAAAGAGGUCUUAGGAGAGAAGCUUGAUGAUGAGGAAGACGACGAGGAGGAGGAGGAAGGUGAUGAUGCAGCUGAGGGAGAAACGGCAGAGGAUUCCAUGGACGGGAUUGAGAUGCCGGAGGGCACCGAGAUGUCUAGCCUUGCAGAGAAUCUCGCUGACGGCCGGGAGGAGGGAGAGGUGAGCAUCUUAGACGUGGCUCGGGAGGGAGAAGAGGAGGGGGAGACGUUAGCAACCUUGACAGAUGAAGCGACACCUCAAUCGACAAAUGAAUGGCUUGUUCCGGCGCCAAAGAGACCACGAGGACGUCCACGAAAGGACGGGCAACCGCCCAUCCCUCGCAAGAAGCGCAGGGGCAGGAAGAAGCGGCGUCGCUAUAACGAUGAUGAUGAUGACUUCAACGCUCGCACCGUGCGCCAGUCGUCUGCUCCCCCUCCUCCUGAGUGCACGGCCACGCUCUUCGACCCUGAGAAGUACCCCUUCACCUGCGAGACCUGCAAUAAUCACUUCCCCACGCAGACAUGGUUUGAGCUACACUGCCUGCAGCAUGAGGAUUCUAAACUGCAGUACCUGAUCUGUAAUAAAUGCGAUGAGGCCUUCAGGUAUCUCAUGACCUACAACACUCAUAUGACUGAGGUUCAUGCAGGCAUGAGCAAAAGAGAACAAACUAUGUCGGAGAAGUUCAGAUGUGAUGUGUGUAAGAGAGCCUUCAGGUCACCCAUACAUCUUGAAAGGCACAUCAGAAAGGCUAACAAUGCAGAGCCUCCUCCUAAAGGCCCAGUGCAAGUGAAGUGUAAGUUCUGUGAGAAGACAUUCACGAUGGAGCAAGGUUUAGAGAACCAUACAAUGAGGGCUCAUCCUGAAUUCAACAGAUAUCAGUGCACUGCGGAUGAUUGUCUUGAGACCUUCUGCACCAAGGAGGAUCGAGCGACGCAUCUAGAAGGUAUCCAUGGUUUAGAUCCAUGCCAUAUCUACAAGUGUCCUGUCACUGGAUGUAACAAGGCAUACACCACUGUGGCUUCUCUCAACUACCACUAUGCACUCAGGCAUACACUAGAAAAGCCUUUUGCGUGUGAGAUAUGCGGCAAGACAUGGGUGAAGAUCGGCAGACUGAGGGAGCACAUGAAGACGCACAGCACGGAGAAGAACGAGCUCUGUGACGAGUGUGGACGUGCCUUCAAAACAAGACCGGAACUCAAAGAUCACAAGCUAGAAGCACACACAGACACCGGCAAGGAAAAGCUCAUGUGUCGUUUCUGCCCAGCAUCCUUCAGCAGACGAAGCUCGAGAUCGUAUCAUGAACGCAAGCAUCGUAACGAGACGCCCUACGUCUGCCCCAAGCCAGGCUGUAACAAGCGGUUUGUCGCUGUUAUUGACUACAAGAGGCAUUUGAUCUACCACACAGGUGCCAAGCUGUACAGAUGUCGCUACUGCAGCAACUGCUUCACCCGGAGUGACUACCUCAAGGGCCACGAGAAGCGUCACAUCCUGCGGGGGGAACAGAUCGACGCGGCGCCCCCUAUAGAGGAGACGGUGACCAUCAAGGUUCCGUGGCCGAUGGAGAGAGCGGUCAAGAUUCAGGGACAGAACGUGGUGGUGUCCAUCGAACCCGACCCGACGCUAGCCGAUGGGGACAUUACGGCUGAAGCUCUGAUUGCUCUGGAUAACCUACAAAAUGUGCCUGUUGAAAUCACUGCAGAUGAAACACAAGUUGUUCAUACGACUGAUGCAGGAGACAUUGUCCAGCAAGCAGCUCAACAGGCUAUGUCUAAUGAGAUGCAAGCCGGUACCCAGUAUCUCCAGCUGGCCGACGGCACCACCUUCGCUACCAACUCGGCCUCGGCAGCCAUCCAGGAGGCCGUUGCCCAGGCCCAAGCUCAGGCAGCAGGCAUGCAGGGAGAGGGUACAGAGCAGGGCAACGUGCUGAUGGGCGGCGCUACAGAGAUCACGAUGGAGGGGGCCACCAGUGAACAGGCCGCCCUCGUGCUGCAGCAGCUAGCCGCAGAGAAUGCACAGGUCAUCUUGCAUCCGUCCGGUCAAGAGGGCCUCUCCACCAUGCAGGCCACGCUGCAAAACGAGAACGGAGAAACGAGCAUGGUGGUGAUCAACCUGGCGACCCAGCCGGACGGUUCCGUCCACGCCAUCUCCGAGGAGGAGGCCCACCAACUGGCCCUCCAGGCCGCCGCCAACGGGGGGACCCUCACCACCGAAGACGGAAGCAUGAUCAUCACCACCACGGCCGGUGGACUCCAGGACUCGCAGGGGAAUCAGAUCACCCUAUCGGCCAGCGGCGGGGACGAGGUGGUGGACACCGGUCAAACGGUGUCCAUGGUGAUGUCCGACGGCACCAUACACACGGAAGAUGGUCAAGAGAUGAUGCUGGUGGUCCAGGAAGAGGAGGAGACUACGUCGUCAGAGAACAUCACCAAUAUACAAGUAGAGGUCAUGGAACAAGAAUAAGGGCAUCCAAAUUCCAAAGUUGUUUCCAUUUUCGGAUAUCAUCAGGGGCUCUGCUAUCUUAUUUGUCAGUACACAGUCAUAAUUGUUAAUUGUCGUAGUGAAUUGAAAUUGAAUAACCAGGUGAGUUUUUCACAAAGACUAAGAUCGACUUUUAGUUGAACUCAAGUAUGGCAGGCCGUUCAUGCCACUGUUUGCUCUCACCAUUAUGAUCGUUAUUAUUGGUGCUUGUGCAGAUGCCUGUCUUUACUACGCACA